AUGGCGGAAGGGUGUGAGGAGGAUAAUUUACCGAGGGAUGCGAAAAUCGUGAAGGAAUUGCUAAAAUCGAUGGGUGUCGAUGAUUACGAGCCUCGGGUUAUAAACCAGUUCUUGGAGCUGUGGUAUAGGUAUGUUGUUGAUGUUUUAACAGAUGCACAGGUUUACUCCGAGCAUGCCGGAAAGUCCACGGUCGACUCCGAUGAUGUAAAGCUUUCUAUCCAGUCUAAAGUCAACUUUAGUUUCUCGCAGCCUCCUCCUCGAGAGGUGCUGCUGGAGUUGGCCAGGAGCAGAAACAAGAUUCCAUUGCCAAAAUCGAUAACAGGGCAUGGAAUCCCUCUGCCACCAGAAGAGGAUACGUUGAUCAGCCCGAAUUAUCAGCUUGCUAUUCCCAAGAGGCAAAUAAGCCAACCUGCUGAAGAGACUGAAGAGGAUGAAGAAGCAGGUGAUCCCAAUCCCAACCCUAAUCCAAAUCCUAGUCAAGAACAAAGAGACUUGCCUCACCGAGUGUCUUUCUCUGUUGCUGCUAAACAACCGAGAUAA